CGCCGGCCAAUGGGGGUAGAGCUUUUUUCCCGGUGUCAAUAUGGCAGCGCUCUGCGCCUAGUUAAUGGGAAGCGGUUGGGAUGGAGUAAACUCCCAGGAAUUGGGCCGGGCAGAGCGGGCCGUGCCGUGGCGAACCGAGCAGGCGGACGGGGGAGGCGCCGCGCUCCGGCGAAGGGGAUGAGGUGACGGGAGCUAUGGCGAACGACGGAGGCAGGAAGCAGUUCUGGAAGCGGAGCGGCUCGAAGGUGCCGGGGAGUAUCCAACAUGUGUAUGGAGCUCAGCAUCCUCCUUUUGAUCCGUUGUUGCAUGGAACCUUGAUAAAACCAGGAUCCAAGCCGCCAACAACUCCUGUGAAAUUGAAGAAAGUCAGUACCUUCCAAGAAUUUGAAAGUAACACAAGUGAUGCUUGGGAUCUUGGGGAUGAUGAUGAUGAACUCUUAACAAUGGCAGCUGAAAAUUUAAAUACAGAUGUAGUCAUGGAAACGGCUAACAAAGUAAUUCAGAAUCACAGCAGGCUACAAGAACAGCAUAAACUGCAGGAGGAACAGCUACAGGAAGACAAACCAGUACCAUUUUCAGAAUUGCCUUCAGUGGUGUAUGGUGACAACAGGCUGGUUAAAUCAGUCAGUGAAAGUCAUGCAUCAAGUUCUGCAGAGAGUGUUAGUGAAAAUUCUUCCAUGCAGAGGUCACAGUCCCUUCCACAUGCUCCAACAGAUCCAUUAGAGGGUGAAGUGGCAGACCACAAUAUGUCAGCUACUCCAGCACUAACUGAAAGAGAGGCAUUCAGAUUAGACAAAUUUAAGCAACUACUUGCUGGUCCUAACACAAAUCUUGAUGAAUUACGGAAGUUGAGUUGGUCUGGAAUUCCUAAACAAGUUCGCCCGAUCACAUGGAAGCUUCUUUCAGGUUACCUUCCUGCCAAUGUGGACCGAAGAGAAGGCACUUUACAGAGAAAACGAAAAGAGUAUUUUGCUUUUAUUGAACAAUAUUAUGACUCAAGAAAUGAUGAAAGUCAUCAAGACACAUACAGACAGAUUCACAUAGAUAUCCCUCGUAUGAAUCCUGAAUCUUUAAGACUUCAGCCCAAAGUAACAGAGAUUUUUGAACGAAUUUUGUUUAUCUGGGCAAUACGUCAUCCAGCCAGUGGAUAUGUUCAGGGAAUAAAUGACCUUGUUACUCCUUUUUUUGUAGUCUUCGUUUGUGAAUAUAUAGCAGCAGAAGAAGUGGAAAAUUUUGAUGUUUCCAGUCUGCCUGAAGAAGUGCUGCAGAACAUUGAAGCAGACAGUUACUGGUGCAUGAGCAAGUUGCUUGAUGGCAUUCAGGAUAACUACACCUUUGCACAGCCAGGGAUUCAAAAGAAAGUGAAAAUGCUGGAAGAACUUGUUAGCCGGAUCGAUGAACAAGUACACAGACAUUUAGAUCAACAUGAGGUGAAAUACUUGCAAUUUGCUUUCCGUUGGAUGAAUAACUUGCUGAUGAGAGAAGUUCCCCUGAGGUGCACCAUAAGGCUAUGGGACACAUACCAGUCUGAACCUGAGGGUUUUUCCCAUUUUCACUUGUACGUCUGUGCUGCCUUCCUUGUCAGGUGGAGGAAAGAGAUACUGGAAGAAAAAGACUUUCAAGAGUUGCUGAUUUUUUUACAGAAUUUGCCCACAAUGCACUGGGGAAAUGAAGAUAUCAGUGUUCUCCUAGCAGAAGCCUACAGACUGAAGUUUGCAUUCGCAGAUGCCCCCAAUCAUUACAAGAAAUGAGUAUAAAGAACCAGGAAUUUUAAACCAGCUUGUUCUGGAGUAUUAUGGCUUUCAUUAUUCUGGUUAGCACUUGCACAUAAUUACUAAUCAUUGCAUUUAAAUAAAGAAUUCUGUGAGCAUGUACAAAAUGAGACUGGAAUACCAAAGAGUUGGACAGACCAGGAUAUUGAACAUUAUAUUAACAUAAAAGUGAACGUUCUUGCUCAACAUAUAAAAGCAACAUAAGUUCAGUUAAGUUUCAUAGUAUUUCAUUUUUCUUUCUUUGAUAAUUAUUGGAAGUAUGUAUGAAUAUGGACUGCAUUUUACAUUCAUCUCUGCCUAGUGAUUGUCAUGUGUCCAUGAGCCUUAAAAUCUGUUAUUGGAAUGAUUGUGAGCUUGUAAAAUUAUUCCUAUCUAAGCAAUACUAGUCUCUGAUACCUUUGCCUGCUUAUAUUUGUCUGUGAUAGGAAUGAUUCCCCUUGGUAGAAAACAAGGACACAUCAUGGGUAUGAAGGUGAAUUUGGAACAGUAGAGCUCACAAGGGUUUUUAUUUUAUUUUUUAUUUUGAACCUGAGAGAACAUUUAAAUUGUAUUUUGUGUUGAUACAGAGACCCAAAUUAUGAAAAUUCUACUAUAAUAACACAACAUAAGGAAUCUGAAUAAGUGGCACAAUUUGCACAUUUUCUAGACGUCAUUAAGGUUGCCCUGAGAGCUCUCUCAGACCCUGUGCACCACUGUAACCACAUGUUAAGGGUUUAAGUGGCGCUUAAGGAUACGUGUCAGCAUUGGAUGAAAUUCUCCCAUUAGCCUUAUAUUUUGGAGUAUUCUAAAACACACUGAAUAAAUUAAGAAAUAUGCUUUUUCUGUCAUGGUAAAUAAAUUCAUAACUAUAAAGUUUUAAAAGACCUGAAUGUUUGUCAGCAUGAAAGUUCACUUGAAAGGAUUUUAUAUUCAAUGGCUUAAUUUACAAUGCAAAAUGUUUUAAAUGUCAGUUUUUGCCUUAUAAUCCAUUUCUAAAAUGUUAGAAAAGGAAAAAAAGUAAUAGUUGUGUCCUUCACUUAUUUGUUGAAUAACUUGCUUGAUGAUUUGUUCGCUCAUUGUGAUGCAGGGGAAGAGCAAAGGUUGUUCCUAUUAACAAGCAGCCCGAAUCCCCCCUUUCAACAUUAGAAGAAUAAAAAUCCCCCCAAACUUUCUACAGUUAAUGUUCCUUCAUGUAAUCACAGGGUUCUGAAUUAAUUUUUACAGUCCCUUAAUUUACUAUACUAUAAAUGGAAUAUUUAUUUUCAGGGAAUCUUAUCAAAUGGGAGUUCUGCCUGAAGUUGAGAACUGCAAGGGGCAUGAUAUAUUAGGAACUCAGAGUUGUUUUACUUUAACACACUUCCAGAGUGUUCAUGGCACAAGUGUAGAAUUAGCAAUGCAUUUUUAAGUUAGGUGAAUAAAAGAUCUUCAGGAGGGCUUUGUCUUAAGAUAUUAAUAAUAAUGAAUUAUUUGCAAUCUCUUACAAAAUAUUAUCCACUAAGUUGGCUUGUUUCUUUUUCUUUUGGGAGUUGACAUUAGCUAAAUAACCUGUUUUGUGGGCCAUGGUUUUUUACAGUGUUUUGACUAAUUUAAUAGCAGAAUCAAGGUAAAUGAGGAAUCAGUUUGUGCUAUUAUAUGGGAUUUGUCUUUUAAAAUGGCAUGAAAUUACUGAUGGAGGGGAAGGAGGUGAAGGAACUAACUUAAACAAUUCAUAAACUGAUGUUUGGCAUCUAGGGCGUGAUUCUGUUCCAUUGAAGUUAACGGGAGUCAGUCGAACCAGGAUCAGGCUUCCUGGAUUACUGUAUUUGUGCCUAAAGUACAUAGUCUAUGUAUGUGUCCAUCUUAAAUAUCAGUGUAGUCCCAACAUUUUUGUUUAUCUUUAAUGGUCUAGUCACUGUGUGUCUAGAAUUAACCUUAAGUUGACAAAGAAUGUCAUAUUGUGCCUAACCGAAUAUCUACCAAUAACAGAAUACACGAAGCCUGAAACUUUUAUGUGACCAUUUGUGGUGGUUAUGUCUAUAAAACAUGAAUAAAAAUAAUCCAUUAAUAGACAUUCAAAUUAUUGUAACUAAUUCAGAAGAGAGAAGGCACCCAGCAGUAAGCAUAUAAUGUUUUGUGAGAUUUGUAUAGUUAACUUUUUUUAUCGAGACAUUAUUUAGGUAGUUAUACAGAACGUGAAAAGUCGACCCAAAGCUGUUUGCUGUGUUAGAUGCUAAUAUGUAACAUUUAUAAAGCUUGGUAUGUAUUUUUAAAGUUUCCUUCACAAGUUACACUGAUGUUGACUGCUAAGUCUUCCAAAUUCCAGUGGUAAAUAUCACUUUCUUUAAAGGAAAUGCUGUCAUGCCCCCAAAAGAGGCUACAUUUGCUGUUGUGCCCAUGUCAGAAUUUAAAGAUUGUACUUAUGCACAUUGUUUAAUGAGGGUGCUGGGGAGCUUCCUAAUGUACUGAUUAUAUAGAGAGGAUAUUUUAGAGUACAUAGGAGGCCAACAUAUUUUUAUGUAAAAUCUCUCCAAAUUUAUAAUACCAUAAAAAUUAACAGAAAAACAUUUCACUUUAUAAAAGUAAUUAUCCUUAUGUUUUCAUAAAUAUGCAUCUCAGGCAAAGUGUCAUUCCAACCAAACUGUUACCUAAAGAGAACAAAUAAUUUUCUCUGUCAUUUUUACAUCCAUAGACCUAUUUUUCAAAAUCAAGAAUCAGAAUAUUAAAAUUGGUUUGUAAUUUGUAUUUUCUUAUGGGUCAAAGAUUUUAAACAUAUAGGAGGCAUCUUGACACAUCAUUAGUGAGUCCAAUCUGUAAUUUAAUAAAAUUGAUAUGAAAACACUGAAUGCUGUGUUGUCUAAAAUGCAGUGUCUUAUAGGACUUUUGUAAUAAAAAUGUACAAUAUAGAGAAACAGCUUUAUGGCUUCAGUAUUCACAUAGGAGUGUAAAUAACAAAUUAAUCAACUAUGUAAAUAUAAUACUUGGGAGAACAUAAGAUUCUCAGCUUGAACUCUUAUGUAAAUCUCUAAUACAUUAUAACAAAUCAUGUUGCAAUGUUAUUUGGCUUAUUUUCUUAUGGAAAAAUCCAUGAAUUUGUAUUUAACUUCAGAACUAUAAAAUAAAAUAUAA